UGUAGCUUGAGUGAGUUGUCAGUGGUCUAUAGUGAAGCUGCAGAAUUAGGUGGCAGGAUGAUGCUUCUCCUGGCAAUUCUCAACGUUCUCUUCAUUGUUAUUGAAGGAUACACUCGCUCACCUUCACCAGAUUCUCCAUCCAGCUUCUGGGGUUCUGAUGAUGCACCGCCAAAGCAAUAUUUUUGGCUUGAGCAACCUUCAUUACCAGGACAACCUUCAUCACCAGGACAACCCUCACCUUCAUCACCAGGUCAACCUUCAUCAUCACAACAACCUUCAUCAUCACGACAAUCUCAACCCAAUUCACCACCAGCCCAUAUCUAUGGAGUUAGAUACCCAUCACCACCAACCUAUACAUAUAACACUGGCCAUUCAGAGCCUGGCACGCCUAAAGCUCGUCCUUGGGAUUCACCACCACAACAGGCUUCACCACAACGAACACAAUACCAAUCAUCACCAUCACAACAAACUUCACCACCACAACCACAGUACCAACAACAAUACCAACCACAGUAUCAACAACAAUAUCAACAACAACCAUACCAGCAACAACCAUACCAACAACAACCAUACCAACAACAGCUUUCAUCACUACCACAAGGACGAAAGAGGCAUGAAACUGAACCACCUGCAGUCAAUCCAUCAAGUCGUCAAAGGACAGAUACAAUGCCUCCAGGCACAUAUGUUGAGCUCUAUGAAAUACUUGAUGUCAAUGGUGAUGGAAAGUUGAGUUAUAAUGAUUAUCUGAGGAUGCAACAUUCUGAACUUUAUAGGCUUAACAUACAGAAUGUAAGAGGCAUUUUGGAUACUCGAUUUGCAAAAACAACUCAAUUAGGGGCAUUAUGGAGCAAUGGACAAAAAACCAUAGUUAAAACCAUCUUUGGAAGUUUCCUCAUCAAUCUUACCACAUUGAAUAAUGGGGCUCCAUUCUCUCUACUGGAUAUUUUAAGAAUCUUCAACAUCCAAAAGGAAAUAAUCAAAAUCAAAAUUCUUCCUCGAGGAAAGGCAUCUAUUACAGCAGAAGAAUUGAAAACACAUUUAGAAAGCAGCGGCAGAUUCAUAUCUGCUAAGACUAUUAGGAAUGCACAACAGCAACACUGAACGUGCUGUAAGUAUUAACUUGGAGACAACUGGCACCAGAAUCGAAAAUCCUCACUCUCCAGCACACAAAUAAUAGCAGAUAUGCUUGUUUUUCUAUGUACUUUAUCCUGCAGUGAGCUAUAAUUAUUUUGAUAGAGAAGAAUGGAAUGAUCUAUAAGUAUUGCAAUUGUUGUUAAUUUGGAAUAAGUUAUUUAUUGAUAAUUAUUGAUGAAUAGGCCUACCUUAAAUGCAAAUUUCUUAUUGAUUUCUAUGCUAUGAAAAACUAAAAAAAAAUCAUUCAUGAGUGGUGAAAUACUGGAACUGCUGGUUUGAAGGCUGUCUAUUUUGCAUUCAUAAAAUUCAUUUUAGAUUAUUAUAGGUAGCAAUCUGUGGUAGGGCUUUUGACAGUCAAUCAUCAUUGUCUCACAUACACACUACCAAUGGGCAAGGGUCACAGUUAAGGUUAUACUCCGUUCAGGAUCCCUUUGAUUUGAAACAUAUAUGUUUUUUACUUGAAGAUACUUCUAAUUAUUACAGUUAAGACCUAUAGGCAGUAACUGUAAGAAGGUACUUUUAGUAAGUCUGUAUCAUAUUAUUAUCAAGUUCAUAAUACCUAUUCAUUUGUUCACUCGAAUACCGAGAAUACAGUAACCAGAAAAUUGUUGAAUAGACUAUUCUGAAUAAUAUAUUAGAAUAAUAAUAACUUAAGAUGAUGAUUUAUAUUUGGACUAUUUCAAACAAAAUCAAGAAAUACUGUGAAAGAAGUUUCGGGUAGUAGCUAGUAGGCCUAGCUGGUUUUGUUCCUGAAUAUUGCACUACUUGUUUGCUCCAUCAAAUAAAUUAAUAUAUAUAAUACAAAUAAUAUCAUGAGCCGAUAAUAAUAUAAAUAGUUAUAGAAUAAAAAAUCUAGUAUGAUUUACUUCAUAUCACUUGAAAAUGGCAUCAAUCUUGAAACAUGUUGUGAUAAAAUAUUUCAAAAAAGGGUACUGAGAUUUUCAUUUAUAUUUCUAUUUAUAUAGUGAUAUCAUAAAGCAAAAACAAAUUCAAUAAGCUUGUUCAAUAAUUACCUUCAACUGGUAUUACUGAUUUGGUUCUAUUAACUGAAGAAAGGAGACACCAUAUUUUGCUAUUGAACAUGUACCAAUUUUUUUCUGUAUCUUCUGCUUGUAUUGUGUAUAUUAUUUGAUUUUCACUCAAUUAUCCAGAAUUGGAAAACUCUCAGAAUAGUGACACAGACUUGAGCACAAACAGAUCCAAUUCUAAUUCCGACAACAGUCCAAAAUGUAGCCCAUGUGUAUAAUAUAAAGCUGCGUUUACACCAAAGCUAUUAACAAAAUGUUAAUAAUUUUAUCGUUAUAGAUUUUACCGACGAAUUUAAUGGAACUUCACAAACACAUAAUGUUUAUGAUAAGUUGUGUUCAAUUCAAUAGAAUCUAUGAUAGGGGUAUUCACAAUGUUGUUUUAGCCAGCUAAAGUGCUAUUUGAUAACUCUGGAAUGUGAACGCCCCAUCUAAAACCAACUGCUAUAAGCUAACUGCAAUAGCGGUCCAAGCGGAUAAUUUGUCUAACUCAAAUUUCUUAACCUCACUUUUGCUACCAAAUAUGACCGAAACAAAUAUGGCUGCCGUUUCAAAAGAGUUAGCUAGAGUUAGGGACUCAAACCUGCGCUAUAUGCUAUCUCGUCUGCUAAUUUUGUUCUAAUGCACCACUAUAGCAUUGAGUUAACACAGACUUAGCAAAUAGCAGGAGUUUAGGGAAUAGCUCAACUUAGCCAGCAUCUGGCAUCUUUUGUCAAAUUUUAAAAUUUCAAACAUUUAUAAGUGCACGUAGAGGGAUGAAAUGACUGGUGACUGGCUGCAGUGAAGUCGUUAGCCUCGCCCAGGUAGGCACGUCUCUCACACUGGAAUAUAAUGUGGUUCACUGUCUGCUCCAUUACCCCACAGUCACAUACUGGGGAGUCCUCAUUUGAAAAAUGAUGCAUUGCAUCUCUCAUGCUGUGUUUGAAUCCUCUUGAAUGUCACCCAGAUGCGCCGGGGGAGCUCGAAACCAGGAGGCCUAGUGCAUGAAAAAUAGCUCUCCGGUAUUCCGGGGGGCACCUUCUCUCUCCAUUUUCUGUUCAGUGAGAACCUCUCAUCUCUCAUUAAGUCCAGUAAAUAAGUAAAUAAGUCCAGUAGUUCAGACGUGAUGAUGCGUCAAACUUAAUUCUCCCAUCCUGUACUAAUAUAAGUCAGUUCUUCACUUUAUUAUAGUAUGGAUUGGUGAGCCUAAAAAGGUCCUAUUCACCUAUAGUCUGUGUAAAAUAAGUUGAGUCUUGACCCUCCAUCAGAAGAAAUUACAAGGUUGCCAAUUCCUGUAAAAUUGCAUUCUCAAAUUUCCAAUUCAACGUCAGAAUUGGAUGUAUAAUAUCA